AUUUGGAUAUAUCAUUCUUUAAAGUAUACAAGUGCAAGUUCAGAUCUGAAACGGAAAAGAGUUCCUCUUAAACUUAUUUGACAUUAUAUAAUCUUAGAAAUGGCUUCUAUGAAUAGAGAUUCGACAUCCUCCAGUUUAGGAAGAGAGAAUUCAGUGGAAAUAUUUCCUCGAGAUUUAGAGAAGAAAAAACAAAAGAGAAAAAUGAUAAAAUAUGCUGUAGUAGUUUUAUGUGUAGCGCUUUUAUGUGGUGCCAUGACAGGAGCCGCUGUUUACUGGUCAAGGAAAAGAGAUCCAAAGGUUAGAACUAUACCCAAUAGACGUGAGAUGGAGCGUGUCGAUUGCUUGCCAGAUGAACAGAGAAACAGAGAAUUAUGCUUAAACAGGAGUUGUAUAUGGUCACCGUCAGAUAUAGAAAAAGUUCCUGCUUGUUUCUUCCCACCUGCUAAUGAAUGGGGAUACGACCGAUUAUCAUUUAACAAACCUAAUCAAAAUACCGAUAGAUAUAUUCUACAAGACAAACUAGACAGUUUUGGACAUGUAUCGAGGUUAAUCCUUGAUGUUAUUUAUUUAACUAAUGAUAUCUUUCAAGUCAAGAUUUAUCCAUUUGAUUCUACUAAUAAAAGAUACGAAGUACCACUUGAAUAUGAAGAAUUACAAUCUGGCAUAAUGCCUAGUAAUCCCCGAUACAACGUAACACUUUCAGGUGAAGAUUCGACUUUUGAAAUGAAAGUUACAAGACUAGACACAUUGAAAGUAAUAUGGGAUACAUCUAUAAGCAAUUUAAUAUUCUCGGAACAGUUAUUACAAAUCGCUACUAGACUGCCGUCAAAAAAUGUUUAUGGAUUUGGUGAAAAUCUCCAUAUGUCAUUAAAACAUGAUUUGAAUUUUAAGACUUGGCCAAUGUUCACCAGAGAUCAAGCUCCUUCCAUUGAUAAGGAAUAUAAUCUCUAUAGUGUCCAUCCAUUUUACGAAUGCAUGGAAGACAGUAUAGGUAAUACUCAUGGGGUUUUUUUAAAAAAUAGUAAUGCUAUGGAUUACACUUUAACACCACUGCCAAUGCUGGUUUAUCGGGCUAUCGGUGGAAUCUUUGAUUUCUAUUUCUUUAUGGGUCCAACUCCCGAAAACGUUAUCCAACAAUAUACAUCACUAAUCGGAAGACCUUUUAUGCCACCGUAUUGGUCUCUCGGCUUUCAUCUUAGUAGAUACGGUUUUAGAAACACAUCAGAUAUGAGAGCAGCAGUUGAGAGGACUACUGCCAAUAAUAUACCAUUGGAUGUUAUACACGCUGAUAUUGAUUACAUGGAUAGACAAAGAGACUUUACGAUAGAUAAUAAAAAUUUUAAAAACUUACCUAACUACUUAGAAGGAUUGUGGAACAAAUCUAAGAUUCGAACAAUCAUAAUCUUGGAUCCUGCACUAGAAAUUGCUAACAAUUAUAGACCAUACGAGCUAGGUAGGAAAGAAGAUAUAUUCGUAAAAUGGCCAAAUAGGAAUAUUAUGCCCGAUAAUGAUUUUAAUGAAACCAACUCUCUUGAUAUGAUGGGCUAUGUUUGGCCAGAAUGGAAGGUAUUAUUUCCCGAUUUUUUUCUAAAUAAAACCAAGGAUGUCUGGUCCGAACUUUUGGUUGAUUUUGUAAAAGAUAUGAAACGUUUCGAUGGACUUUGGCUUGAUAUGAAUGAACCGGCAAACUUUGGUACCAACGAAGAAAAACCAUUUAAUUGGCCACCGAGUAGAAAUUUCACAUGGUCAUUGAAAUGCCCAGUUAACAAAUACGAUGACCCCCCAUUCAGGCCUAAAUCAGCUUAUGGUUACGAUAGUGUUGCCAAACGAGAAAGACUAUCGGCCAAAACACUUUGUUUAAUAGCCUCUUUGGAUCAAGGAAGAUAUCGUAUGUACGAUGUUCAUAGUUUGUACGGUCAUAAGCAAGCAGAAAUUAGUUUGGAGCCUUUAAGGAAAGCGGUUGGAAGAGGCAAACGAAGCAUAAUAAUUAGUCGAUCGACGUAUGCGGGAAGUGGAAAAUUUGCUGGUCGAUGGUUGGGAGAUAAUUCGGCAACAUGGCAAGAUAUGAGACUGUCUAUAAUAGGUAUGUUGGAAUCAAAUUUAUUUGGCAUUCCUUUUAUCGGAGCCGAUAUAUGCGGAUUUUUUGGAGCACCAACGAAGGAGCUUUGCGGUCGUUGGAUGCAAUUGGGAGCCUUUUAUCCAUUUGCUAGAAAUCAUAAUGAUAAGAAAGCGCCGAAUCAAGAUCCUGGUAGUUUGGGAAGUGAUGUUAUAAAGCUAUCCAGGGAAGCUCUGGAAACUAGAUAUUCAUUAUUACCUUAUUUAUACACCUUAUUCCAUCAAGCUCACACUCUAGGCUCAACAGUCGCUCGUCCUCUCUUCCACGAGUUCUAUCACGAUAAUGUCACUCAUGCGAUCGAUCGUCAAUUUCUUUGGGGAAAACAUUUGCUUAUAUCUCCUUUCCUUGAUGAAGGAGCCUCAGAAAAUGUAAUUUACCUACCUAAGGGUCAAUCUUGGUUCGACUUUUACACGGGAAAGAGAAUAUCAGGUGGAACACUGCUAAGUGUAAAACAAGAAAAAUUUUCAAGAAUACCUCUGCACGUAAGAGCAGGAUCAAUCAUACCAAUGAGGCGACCGCAAAAGACAACGCAAGAGAGUCUUCACCAACCUUUUCGACUAUUAGUUUCCCCAAACAGUAGAGAUGAAGCAAGUGGUGUACUAUUCCACGAUAACGGAGAGAGUAUCGACUCUUUUGAAAAUCAACGAUACUUAUUUGUCGAAUUCACAUACACUAGAAGAAGAUUAACUGUACAAAGAAUUGACGCAAACCUUUUUCUCUACCCAUAUAUUUUUGAAAUUACAGUACAUAGAGUGGCGCAAAACCCCUCUUUCGUUAGCAUUAAUGGCGAAACUCAUCACACAUAUUCUUUUCACCCGAGAUAUAACCUACUUCAUAUAACAAACUUAUCGUUAGAUAUUACAAGCAGCCUACUCGUUGAAUGGGGUAAUUACUGAAGAGAGGGAGAAAGAGAUAAAAUGAGAAAGAGAGAAAGAAAGAAAGAAGGAGAAAAAGAGGUGUAGAGAGUGAAAGAAAAAAAAAGAGACAAAAACAAAAAAAAAGCUCAGAUUUUGUCUCUCUUUUGAGUAUUCUUCCGUAAAGCAUUUACUACAACAGUUCGCACACUAAUGUAUAUAUAUAUAUAGUAUUAAUGAUUUUUGGCGUCUUUUUUUUUUUUUUAAAAAAUAUUGGAAGACGCGGAAAGUGAAGAUUCUCAUUUUUUUAUGGUGAAAGAUUAAGAACAAUUGUAAUUUUUCUAUUAAACUUGAAUAAUUUAUUAUUAUACAAAAUAUUGAAAAGACAUAAUGAGAAGAACAUGAGAAUGAUAAAUAAAAGGUAAAUAUCCUGAAUGUAUGCAAAUGAGAGUUAAACAUUUAUAGUUGAAAUAAUCUUGGGAAAAUACCAAUCGUCGUUGAUUUAUCCUCAUCUUGAAGAUCAUUUCUCUUAUUUCAAGUAAAAAUCAAAUACUCUUCCACACGAGUAUUCAAGUAUGUUUUGUUUAGGCCGUAACUAUGAUUACGUAGUCUUUUAAGUGCAAUUCUAAAUAACUAUUAAAACUAUUUGGCGGUCGUACUUCUAAAUCCCAAAAUUGAUCAUCAUCCGCUUUCCUUAAAUACACAUCCCAAUCAAAUCCAUACUUUUGCCUUAUUCUCUCCCAAACUUGACCUUCGGUUUCUCUACAAACGAAUGAAGGAAGUCGGCCAUUUAUUUCGGUACCAUUUAACCGUAAAGACACUUCUUUGAGAACAAAAUCCACCAUUGAGUUUUGAAUAUUAUGUCUUCUAACAAUAACAAACGGUUGCAUAAUUCUGAGUUGCAAAUCAAUCUCUUAAAUUAAAAUCUAAGUUCCUCGUUUAUACGUCUUUUGGCUUUGAGUAAUUUUCCACUUUAUCUAUCAUUUGUCGUUCUAUUUGAUGAACACUAUCCUCAUCUAAAACAGCGCCCUCAGACGGAGGAUAGGCGUCUUUUUUUUUCUGUUAUCUCUAUAGCGACGUGGCUUUUAUGAAGAAGAAUUACCAGUUUUCUAUACUAUCUUUUGAUUUGAAGGGAGCUCUUUAAAUCAGAGAAUGAACUUUCUUGUUAUCUCACUUAAUUGAAACUCUCAUACUAUCAAUCUGAACUCUUUCUAACCGUCUAUAUAUGUAUAUACGCAAUAGAUUGAACUAAAAAUCUGCUCUGUGGUUGGAUAAAAUAAUUAACAAAGAUAAUUACGUAAUCGAAGACAAACAACUAUUAACAUUUGACUAUGUAUUUACAGUAGUAAAGAAUAUUUUUGACAG